GGAAGAAGCAGAAUUCGCACUUUACGCUCAAUAUGUACCAGGGCCAUUUACAGGGGAAAGACUCUAGGGCGGCAGAUAAGGCUGUUGCCAUGGUGCUGAAGGAGAUACCAAGUAAGGCGUCUUCAGAAGGAAAACCCCUCCUCACUGUGACAACCAAGCUGGUGACUGAACAACAAGAGAGUCGCCCCCUGCUGAGCCCUUCCAUUGAUGACUUCCUCAUUGAAACCAAGUGUGAUGCUGCGGUCCGUCCUGUGACAUCCAACACAGCAGUCCUGUCAUCAAGCUUGGAUCUACUGGACCUCAGUGAACCCAAUGAGAAGAAACAAAGUAAUGACAAGAAGAACCUAAUGGCUUUUUGUGGCGAUAGCUCUAAAAGUGCCCCAUACAGAAGUAAAGCCGAUGAGACAGAGCUGAUCCAGGUUGAUAUUGAACAAAGUGCUCCCAGUUCCCGGACUCCUGAGAGAGUGUCACUCGAUUCAGUCAAUGUGUCCUCUCCCUUGGAGAAAUGGGAGGAUCUGACGCUCCACCCUGAGAGGAACAGUAGCAGAAAAUGGAAAUUGGAAAGACGGCGUUCUUCAAAGAAUUCCUCAAGUGAAUUUUUGUGGUCCACAGAGUACAAAACUCCAUCUGAAUCAACCACAAAAAAUGUACUGGAAGUAAAUGCCAACAUAGAAGUGGAAACACUCCCUUUUUCUCAGGGUCGCUUGAGCAAGGAGCAGAGGUGGGGCAGCGCACUGCUGUCCCGAAACCAGUCCUUGGAAGAGGAGUUUGAGCGAGCCAAAGCAGCUGUAGAGUCCGACACAGAGUUCUGGGAUAAGAUGCAGGCCGAGUGGGAAGAACUUGCUCGUAGGAACUGGCUGAGUGAGAACGAGCAGCCGCAGAUUCCCUCUAACGUCUCGCCUCACGAAAAGGGUUAUUACUUUCACACGGACAACCCAUUCAAAGAUUGGACCAAUGCUUUUGAGGAGGGCGUGAAGAAGGUCAAAGAGGGAGAUCUUCCCAAUGCUGUGCUGCUCCUGGAGGCUGCCAUCCUCCAGGACCCUCAGGACUCAGAGGCUUGGCAAGUUUUGGGGACCACCCAGGCAGAGAAUGAAAAUGAGCAAGCAGCCAUUGUAUGCCUCCAGAGGUGCUUGGAACUCCAUCCCAGCAACCUGCAGGCCCUGAUGGCGCUGGCUGUGAGCCUGACCAACUCAGGCAUGCGGCAGGAGGCAUGCGAGGCCCUGCUGGGCUGGUUGCGCUACCACCCCAAGUACAAGUACCUGCUCAAGGGCCGUCAGGCCCUAGGCGUUGGCUCGCCGGGCCCCCAGCACAAGGCGUCUCGGGCCUCUGCCAGCAGUAGCACCCUCAUGGCAGACAUCAAGGAACUGUUCCUGGAGGCAGCAAUGAAGAACGCAGAUGUGAUUGACCCUGACCUGCAGACAGGCUUGGGUGUGCUAUAUAACCUCAGCUCUGAGUUCAACAAGGCCGUGGAGGCCUUCAACAAAGCUUUGUCUGUUCGACCGCAGGACUAUCUUCUGUGGAACCGACUUGGGGCCACAUUGGCCAAUGGGGACCGCAGUGAGGAGGCAGUGGACGCCUACACCAAGGCCCUGGAGCUCCAACCAGGAUUCAUCAGGUCUCGCUACAAUCUAGGCAUCAGCUGUAUCAACCUGGGAGCCCACAGGGAGGCGGCAAGUAAUUUCCUCACAGCACUGAACCUGCAGAGGAAGAGCAAAAGUCGGCAGCUCUCCCACCAGGUCACAUCUGGCAACAUCUGGGCUGCCCUGAGGAUAGCCCUCUCCAUGAUGGACCAGCCUGAGCUGUUCCAGGCAGCCAGCAUUGGGGAUCUGGACCUGCUCAUGAGGGCCUUCAAUUUGGACUUCUGA